AUGUUGCCAUUUGUAUGGCUGGCAGUCGCCUCUUUGAUCGGUGUCUACUCCUUCAACUACUACCGUUGCUACACCCGCAACCUCGCCGCAGCCAAACAAUCGGGUCUGCCCUACGUCGUAGCACCAUUCUAUGUGUUCAAUCGGUUCUGGCUUGUGACACACAGGCUCUGGUUGCCAUUACUCGGAAAACUUCCCAAAUCCUGGACAGAUCCAUGGUUACAGUUCCUGGAUCCUGAGUGGACUUGGUUGAGGAGACACGAGCCUUUCAAAGCCAUUGGAAGUGACAUCUUUAUGGUGUGCUCUCCCGGCAAGAACUCCGUAUAUGUUUGCGACCCCGAGGCAACGGUACAGAUCACCACUCGACGCAACGACUUCCCCAAGCCAAUCGAAAUCUAUGGCUCUGUGGAUCUAUUUGGCAAGAAUGUGAUUAGUACAGAGGGUUCGAUAUGGCGUCACCAUCGCAAGAUCACUUCUCCACCAUUCACCGAAAAGAACAACCAUCUUGUGUGGCAGGAGAGUCUGCACCAGGGUCAGAGUUUGAUAGCUUCUUUUCUGGACAAGGACUCUGAGAAGGAUAUUUCUGCUGCCACUAUGCGGCUGAGUCUUCAUAUCAUCAGUUACGCUGGAUUUGGCAGACGUCUACUAUGGCCUCACGAGGAACUUAAGGAAAGCGGAAAAGCUGUUGUCGUACCUGAAGGUCACACCAUGACUUACAAGGAUGCACUGAGCACAUUGUUGGAGAACAUCAUUGCUGUGAUGUUACUUCCAACGUGGUUCCUUAAGUUCUCGCCUCUCAAGCAGAACAAGAUCGCUUACGAAUCUUUCACAGAGUGGGGCAAAUACAUGAAAGAAAUGUACCAGGACAAGAAGGCAGAAGUCAGAGCAGGUGAGAAGCGUGAAGGCAUGGAUCUUAUGGGAGCUCUCGUAAGUGGAGCAGGUAUCAAGCCAGGCUCAGAUCCUGAGAAGGCCGACACACAACUGUUCACUGAUCGCGAGAUUCUCGGCAAUGCCUUUGUCUUCAUCCUGGCCGGUCACGAGACUACAGCAAAUACUCUGCACUUUGCCAUCCUAUACUUGGCUAUGAAUUGGUCCACCCAAGAGAUGCUUCAAAAGGAUCUGGACAACAUCUUUGGCGACCGACCCAUUGGUCAGUGGGACUACGAACAAGACGUGCCGAAAUUGUUUGGUGGCAUGUGCGGUGCCGUCAUGAACGAGGAGCUGCGUCUCAUUCCUCCUGUCGUCGGCAUUCCCAAGUGUACGCUCAAGGACUCACCACAACCACUAACCCUCUCUGGCCGUCGAGUGGUCAUACCCGCAGAUAGCUCUAUACAACUCCUUACGGUCGCGUCGGGUCGUAAUCCCAAGUACUGGCCAACUCUCUGUGGUCCUAACGCUUCAGAAGCCGAAAUAGAGAAAGAUCUGUCAUCCUGGAAGCCUCAACGAUGGAUCUUGGACCCUGCCAAAAAGUCGAACUCGACUGCGGCGAAACAACAGGAAACACAACAACACUCUGACACCGAAGAAGAUAUCGGCGGCCCACAAUCUGCCGUCACAUCAUCUCAUCUCUUGAACCCGGAAAGAGGUGCUUUUGUUCCCUUCUCGGAAGGCUACCGCUCAUGCCUGGGACGCCGUUUCGCUCAAAUCGAAGUUAUGGCUGUGCUAGCUGCCAUCUUCCGCGACUACAGCGUCGAAUUGGACUUGGACAAGUACGCGAGCGAGGAGGAGAUUGCAGCUAUGGAUGAGACUUCGAAGAGACAAACGUGGGAUAAGGCUUAUGACACUGCAGAGAACUUGCUCAAGGACGGCAUGAUGACUAUUAUCACGAUUCAGAUGCGCGCAGGCAAGGUGCCGGUCAAGUUUGUCAAGAGAGGAAGUGAGAAGUACAAGUACAACUGA